AUGUCUCGUGCUGACAUAGGGCGUGAUGAGGCGGUGCCGACACGCGGUGACGUCGUAUCUGAGGACGAAUACGAUGCAGAAGAGAUGGAAGAUAGUUCAGAGGAGGAAGAGGGUGAUGGCUAUGCGCAGUUCAUUGAUCCCGAUGACGAAGAGUCUGACUCGGAAGAAGAGGAGGUGGAUGAAGAAGACGCCCUGCGGCGCGAGAUUGAAUCCAUUCCUUAUGACAAAUUGCUCAAGGCACGCCGUGCUAUGAGUUCCAGCCAACUUGGCGGUGACGUGUCGGAGACUGAAUCAAUCCAAGCCAAGCGUGCCAUGGUCAAGCAACAGCUGCGUGAAAUGGGCGCCAAGUCGCGCGCCAAAGACACAGCAAAGAAGCAGAGCCUUGGAACGCGUGAAACAAAGAGUGCACCGACUAUCAUGUCGACUCGUCGCCCUGUAUCUCGAAUGCGCCAUGUUGUCGAUCCCAUUCCGCGUGCCAAGUCGCGUGAUCCGCGGUUUGAUUCAUUAUCGGCUGGUCCUGUGAAUCAUGACUUGCAUACUAAGUCGUAUGGCUUUCUGUCCGAAUUAUACCAAAACGAAAUCAAGCAGCUACGUGAAAAGCACGGAAAAUUGAAACGUGCCGAGAUGCACCACGCCGGACCUCGUGCCAAAAGCCAGCAAGCCCUGGAUAUACGACAGGAAAGGGACCAAGUGGAACAGUCUUUGCGUCGCGCUGAGAGUCUUCAAAAUGAGCGCAUACGUCGUGAGCGCGAACGAAGCGUCAAAUCCGAAUUCAAGAAAGAAAAUCAGCGCCGUGUAGAUGCAGGCCUGCGUCCCUACUUUCCGAAAAAGGCUCAGUUCCAUGAAGCGGUACUUCGCAAGCAGUUCGAAAGUAUGUCCAACGGAACAGGAUCAAGCGCUGCGCUACGCAAGUCUAUGGAUCGCAAACGUCGUAAAGACGCUCAGAAGGAAAAGAAAUCUCUUGACUCGGCACUGGGUGGCGGUGCACGUACCGAUCUAGCAUCACACCGCCCUGGCGGUGCCCGGCCACAUAAGCGAGGCCGUCGUGGAUAA